CCAGACUUGUGCUUAUCUUUAUGGGUUUAUGCUUACUGUCUGUGAUCUUUUUGUCCACGCACGCGAAAGUAUCUUGUCGAGCUUCUUGGAAUUUUUGUGCACCGUUUCGCGUCCGCGACGCGAUAUGGCUAUAAUUGAUUUUCAACAUCUGUUAUUGCUAAUUACGUUGUUCGCUGCAGCGUUAACCUCAUCUGUCAAUACGAAACCAGAUGGUAUAUCUCCGGUACCGUCAAUUUCUAGUUCAGAUCCUUCGCUUAAAUCAUCGUCAUCUACAGUCAAAUAUCCAUCUGAUGUAGUCGACCAAAAGAAAAUAUCGAAGUUGCAGUCAACAUCAUGGACGACAGAAUGGGGACCUAUAUCAAAGUCCACAACUAUUCCAUAUGCAAACAUUGAAAAUACUGCUGAUGAAUUUAAAGCAAAAAAAAAUAUGCCUAAAGAGAAAAAUGACAGUUCUUUAGCAAGAAAGGAGAAAAUAAAACCAAGAAAAGGUGUAGAUCAGAAUAUGGAUCCACAGAUGAAUCCACAGAUCACUACAAAAUCUGUAAUAGAAACUGUCUCUGAAUCUGCUUCUGAAACUAUUCAUGUCAAUAGUCAAUCUGAAACUUCCACCAUUGUUAUUCUGAAUUUAAAUGUCACCAAUUCACCUAUCAAUAACAGCUUAAAUCACAGUAUGAAUUCCAGUUAUUUCAGUACAAGAGAGAGAGAGAGUUUAAUACCAACAAAUAUAACUACAUUUCACACAGAGGUUGUAAAUCAUACAACAAUGUCAAAUUCCUCGCAUAUUGAGAAACACAUACCGAAACCUAAACCGACUGUGACAACUGUUGACGGACCGGAAUCGAAUGAAUCUAGAUUGCCUUUACGAACAAAGAACCCUUCAUUGGGCAUGCCGAGAAAAAUCGACUAUAUUGUCCCGGUUAUUAUAACGAUCGUUGCUUUACCAAUUCUGGGUGCUGCUAUUUUUGUAUUGUACAGACGCGGUCGAGAUUGCUGGGAUAAGAGACACUACCGAAGGAUGGAUUUUCUGAUUGAUGGAAUGUACAAUGAUUGAGAAUCGCAUAUAAGAAAAUGUCUAUUUUGCGCGAUUAAAUGUUGUGUAGUUAUGCAAGAGAAAAUCCAAUCAUCAAUUUCUAUAUUCUUCCAUAAAUGUAAAUUUGUACAUAUUUUCUCGAAAUAGUCAAGUAUGACACUUAGCAUUGGUUCCUUCUUACAUAAAAAUGUCUGAAACGACAAUAUCUAUUAUUUGAUCAUUAUAUCAAAGGAUUUGACAUUUUACUAUGCACUUAUCAAUGUAUAGUUAGAUAUAUUGUGCUACUUAUAUAUAAUAUUAUAAUGUUCGAACUCUUGCUAUGCUAAAGUGUCCAAACUUGCUAUACAGUUUUUUUAUACUAUUGCCUUAAUAGUGAGAUAAUGAAAAUUUAUUACAUGGUAAUUAAUAAGUUGUUAUUUUUGGGAUUAUAUAUAUAGAAAAACAAAGACAUAUUUCAUCAAAAACAUCGAAAUAACGAUUUUAGAAAUACUUUUUAUAGCAUCUUUUAAAAAAAUUUAAUAUAAUUGUUUAAGAUAAGUAUACAUUGAUAUAUAACAAAUAUUUUAAUAUAAAUUUUGUUAUCAAAAUUUUAUAUAUAUAUAUAUAUAUAAAUGCACAUAUAUAUAUAUAUAUAAAUGCACAUAUAUAUAUAUCUAUAAAUGCACAUAUCGCAUUUGAUGCCAAUUUAGAAAAUGACACAUUCACUAAGGGUCCAAUUGCAAAAUCUGACAAUAAUAAUAAUAAUCUAAAUUUCUACAGAGCCAUGAGUUUACAGAAACCAAACUUGUAUUCUCGAUUUGCAAGAUAAAAAUAAAAAGAUAUUAUAUUUUGAAAGUGCUCUCUUAAUAAAUAAUAUUCGCGCCAUUCUUUCCAUAAGAGUCAUUAUUUGUAAGAUAAGUUUGACAUAUAUAUUUGAGAUGCGAUAAUUUACACAAAUUUUUACCAAAGAGUUACUCAAUUUGUGUAAUAUAUAUUACAAGUUUAUUAUUUGUAUUUUUUUAUAUUUAUAAUGCAGCAUUUUUUUGUGUGAGAUGUUUUAAAAAUCUUUAAUCUCUUUAAUUAGUGUGAAAGUACUUUAUCCACAAUUGUCACAUACAUAGAAAAUAAAAGAAAACAACAUGGGAUGUUUGUCUUGCUAUGUAAAUAUGAUAAACAAUGAUUUGUGAAAUUACUACUCAAUCUAUAUAAGAUUUUUUAAGAUUGUGAUUUAUGAAAAUAAGAUUGCAUUUUUUAGACCUUUGAAAUAUAUAUUUUGUCAAAUAUAUAAGGGAAAGCAAUAAAAUAAUAAUUAUUUUUGUACUAUGUAAAAAAAAUUAUUGAUAUAAAAUAUACAUACUUGCAAGCUA